CUACAGCAAGGAAUCCUUGGUGACCACAUGGUCCGCGAAAGCCUUUGUCUAGGGCCCACUGCCACAUUCUCACAUGGUAUCCCAAAGUCUUCAAUGAAACAGAUUUACACAAGCUGGUUAUGAAAAACACUGAAAUAAGUGGUGGUGUCAGGACUCCUUGGGCCCUGACAAGGGCUCUUUGCUGCUCAAACAGCUAACCGCGAGGCAGACCAUCUGGCAGGUGAAAAGUGGUUACCCAAACUGGACUGGAAGCAAACCUUGGACCGCCAGAGUUGGAGUCCUGCCAUAUCUGGGCUGGGAAACUGCCAACAAUCGGGUCAAAGGCGUGGCCACUGAGGGGCCGGCAGGGGAGAAUCAAAGUUUGGAGUCAGAACUCGGAGCCCUGCGACAUGAAGUGCUUGCCGUUUUUGCUGCUGUGGGGGCUCCCCCAGAUUUGGGGAAGUUCUGAAGUUCAGCAAAGGAACGCCCCGCUCCGCUGCCUCCAGAUCUCCUCAUUCGCGAACCGCAGCUGGACGCGCACAGAUGGCUCGGCGUGGCUGGGGGAGCUGCAGACCCACGCUUGGAGCCAUGACUUGGACACCAUCCGCUUCCUGAAGCCCUGGUCCCGGGGCAAAUUAAGUGACCAGCUGUGGGAGAAGCUGCAGCAUACACUUCUGGUUUAUCGAAGCAGCUUCACGAGGGACGUGCAGGAAUUCGUCAAAAUGCUGCAUGUAGACUAUCCCUUUGAAGUCCAAGUGUCUGCUGGAUGUGAGGUGCACCCUGGGAGCCCCUCAGAAAGCUUCUUUCACACAGCGUUCCAAGGAAGAGACCUACUGAGUUUCCAAGGAACUUCUUGGGUGCCAGCCCCACAUGCUCCAGAUUGGAUCAAAACAGUCUGCAAACUACUCAACCAGGACCAAGGGACCCGGGAAACAGUGCAGUGGCUCCUCAACGACAUCUGCCCCCAAUUUCUCAGAGGUCUCCUUGAGGCCGGGCAGCCAGAACUGGAGAAGCAAGUGAAGCCAGAGGCCUGGCUGUCCAGUGGCCCCAGUCCUGGGCCUGGCCGUCUACUGCUGGUAUGCCAUGUCUCAGGAUUCUACCCAGAGCCCGCAAGGGUGAUGUGGAUGCAGGGUGAGCAGGAGCAGCUGGGCACUCGGCAAGGUGACGUCCUGCCCAAUGCUGAUGGGACCUGGUAUCUCCAAGUAACCCUGGAUGUGGCUGCGGGGAAGGCAGCUGGCCUGAGUUGCCGAGUGAGGCACAGCAGUCUAGGAGGACAAGACAUCAUCCUCUACUGGGAGGGGAGCCAUGUGUCCGUGAGCUUGAUCGUCAUGGCAGUGCUGGCAUCCCUACUUCUGAUAGGCGGAGGCUUAACCUUCUGGUUUAAGAAGCGCAGCUCCUAUCAAGACAUCCUGUAACUGUCCUCACCACACCUCUCUGGAACUUGGGAUCUCAAAUUCCCACAACUUCAGUGCUCAGGAAUUAAGUGUGAGAGAGAGGUACCUUG